AUGGCAGUUGUUGAUGCUAAUUAUUACUGUAGAGCUAGAAGAAAUGUUGAGUGCGCUUUUGGAAUACUGUGUAGAAAAUUUGAAAUUUUUUAUGGGUUUAUUGCAGUAGGGCCUGAUUUUGUAAAUACCAUAGUUCAAGCAGCUACAGUUCUCCAUAAUUAUAUACGACGGAGGGACGGAUUUGCGUUUGAAGACACUCUAAACUGUGAUAACAUGUUAGCUAUUGAAUCUAGAAGUUUAGUUGGACAACAGGUUAGAGAUCAAUUCGCCCAGUACUUUUUAAGUGAAGUUGGAAGUGUUCCGUGGCAAAAUAACAGGAUUUAA